AUUGGUUCAGUGGUAGAGCGCCUGCUUUGGGUCAACCAAUAAUUUGUAGGAGGUCACGUGUUCAAUCCGCGUAUCGGGCCAUCUUUUUGCGGCGGCAUCCUGAAAGCUGCCGGUGAUCUUUAGAGGCUCUCCCUUUACCUUUUGGACCUGAUUCGAUGUUAUCCUCCUUUCUGCAAGCGCUCUUCAAAAUGAGAGCUCACCGGUACGAAGAUGAACCAAGAUCGCAUUUUGCCGACAUUGGAGGGAGUCUCUUGGCGCUCAAGACUUAUGAGCGUCAAAGCCAGAGCAGGAAGCAAGCAAGCGCCGGAAGAGCGUUCUCGAGAAGGCAACGCUUGCACAGGCGGCACAGAUGUUGGCUCACAAAGCACAUCACAAGGCAAAGUCUGCAGCUCACUUGGCCCAGGUCAAAGCCCAAAAGCUGAAGUCAAGCGAAGCCGCGAAGCGAAAGGCUAUCAUCGUUACGAUCCGUGUCGUGACCGCAAAGUAGGGCAGGCAGGUCGCAGAGCCAGCCACAGCUACAUGCCGACGCUGGAAAAGGUACUGGUGCCCAUCGAAUCCGCCGGGCUGUGCCAGCUCGACAAAGCAGGAUCAAGUCACGUUGAACCCUGUCGGUCACAGACGGUGGCAGACCUCAUGCUCUAUACAGAUGACAGUUGCGCAUGCGACGCUUCAGGCGCUGGUGGUGCCUUCAGACUCGUGGACGAAUUAGGCAUUAUCACUUGGUUCGUAUACAAUAUCCACCUGCCUUUCGGCACAGACGCAAAUAUAGCAGAGACCGAAGCAGUCCUGUACGGCUUCAAUCUGUUACACCGAGGCGCGCUUGGUCAGGCAACUCGGCGCUUUACGCUGUUCACCGACUCAAUUUUUGUCCUUGCCCAAGCUGUCAACUCACCCUAUUUGGAGGUCGACCCCGAUCUCUGCAAGCUUGUUGUUGACGCUGCAUGGGUCGAGGGUCAUACAGGCGUCGAAGGAAACGAGCUCGCAUAUUUGGCUGGCUGCGGCGGCACCUCGUGGACACCAGAUCUUGAGGAGCAUCACAAAUGA